CUACACCACUAUGCUGUGGGAGCUUCAGCCUUCAGCUCAGCUCUGUCGUGGUGGUGUAUAAAGGCAGUCGUCAAGCACAAGGAUCCCCCUCCUCUCGCCGCCUUGCCGAGCCAAUUCAAGCAAAACGAUCGAUCGACCCGACCCACUCCCCGCGGAGGCCCAAGUGAGGGGGAGAUGGCCGUCCCUGUCCACCUCGCCGCCUCAUCCCUUGUGCUCCUCCUCCUCGUCCUGCUGCUACCACCGCUCCUCGCGUCCGCCUGCGACCGCUGCGUCCACCGCUCCAGGGCCGCCUACUACGCCUCCUCGCUCACCCUCGCCGGCGGUUCAUGCGGGUACGGCGCCGAGGCGGCGUCCAUGGGCGCCGGCUUCCUCGCCGCCGCGGGCCCCGCGCUGUACCGGGCCGGCGUCGGCUGCGGCGCCUGCUUCCAGGUCCGGUGCAAGGACAGGAAGCUCUGCGCCGCGGCGGGCGCCCGGGUGGUCGUCACGGACCGCGCCAGGACCAACCGCGCCGACCUCGUGCUCAGCGGCCCGGCCUUCGCCGCCAUGGCGCGCCCCGGCAUGGCCGCGCGCCUCGCCAAGCUCCGCACCGUCGACGUCGAGUACAAGAGGGUGCCGUGCGAGUACAAGCACCGGAACCUCUCGGUGAGGGUGGAGCAGAAGAGCCGCGCCCCCGCCGAGCUGACCAUCAGGUUCCUCUACCAGGGCGGCCAGACCGACAUCGUCGCCGUCGACGUCGCGCAGGUUGGUUCGUCCAACUGGAAGUUCAUGGCGCGCGACUACGGCCCGGCGUGGAGCACGAGCCAGGCGCCGCCGGGGCCGCUGCAGCUCAGGGUGGUGGUGACCGGCGGGUACGACGGCAAGUGGGUCUGGGCCGACCGGGAGGUGCUCCCGCGGCGGUGGCGUGCCGGCGAGGUCUACGACACGGGCGUCCAGAUCGCCGACAUCGCCCAAGAGGGCUGCUACCCCUGCGACACGCACGAGUGGGAGUGACGGCAUGCUCACCCAAGCCGAAGCUUCCUGCCACGACCCUCCUCCCUGACACUGCCUGUUUGGCCGGGCUUUGAUCAGAGGACUAGAGAUAGACGACGAUUAACAGACAAGACUGACAGAGUGACGUCGAUCAGAGCCCGAAUCCCUCGGCAACCUUCGCUUCUUCUCCUUGUCCAAAUCCCCCCAUGUACAUGAGCUGCUGAUGUGUCGGAUAAGUAGUAGCCUAAGAGUCCCGAAGGCUGAAAAAAAAAAGAAUAAUGAAAUGAAACGAAACGAAACGAGUCGUCUCACGGCGGCGGGGCUGUCGCCGCCGCCUUCUUGAACGUGAAGCAACAGCUACUUCCCCCUAUCGGCGAUGAGCCAGCCAUGGCGGAUCAGUGAUUUUCAUUUCAACAGCAUCACAUGGCUCGUUGCUUCUGG